AUGGGGUUGUCGUCGGACAAUCAGUCAGAACUCCAGUUAAAUAGUCAUCUCGCCCUUGUUCUAGGCAUCGGACUCGGGAUUGUGACCUUGAUCAUCAUGUGUUUGCUUUUGAGUCUUUUCGUCAAUCGCCGCGAACGCCGUGCCCCUACUACCAAGACCAAAAGCAGAAAAGGCGACUCGCACGACAAAUUGCGUAGGCUGGACGCUGUCUCACCAGCUCGGACCCUGGAGGAUUGGUGGUCGCGGGCCAAGCUACCCUCCGAGGGCGCUGAUGGCCAGUUCAUCUGUGUUGUCUGCCUCGAAUCCGUUCAGCGCUCCCAAGAGAUUCGAGAACUGAAAUGUUUACACGUUUUUCAUCGAGAAUGUCUAGAGAAGUGGUAUUUGCAGAACCAUUUCAAUUGCCCGCUAUGCCUUCGAGCCUACUACGUGCAAGAGACGUAUUCCAGCAACGAUUUUGUAUGGAUGGUAUGA